CUUAGUCAAGUGUAAUCCAGUUUCUCUCUCUCUCUUUCUCUCUCUCUCUCUCUCUGAAAUUCUCUGCCCCGUUUCCACUUUCCAGUUCAGUUUUCAAAAGAGAGACCCAAAACGACACAGUUUCACGGAGAGGAGCGAGGACUGAGGAGGAGCAAGGACACUCCCCUAACCCCUAACCUCCCUCCACCAUGGACUUCCACCAUCACAACAACCACCACUCCUCACCGUCGUCGUCCAACUCCUCAUCCACAGCCACCGUCACGACCACGCAAAACCCUACCUCCGACGACCCUAUGCACUCCUGGUGGGAGUCCGUCUCCAAGGCACGCUCUCGCAUCCACGCCCUCGCUGCCAUCCUCCCUUCCUCCUCCGCCGAAGCCCUCUCCGCACUCGCAGAUUCCGACCGCCCUGCUCUCUCCCUCCUCUCCUCGCCCGGCCUACCUUCCCUCGCCGGCUUCGAAGCCGUUCUACUCGCCAUCUACGCCGCUGAGACCAAAUCCCGUGCUGGCAAACCCUUGCUCGUCACGAUCCCCGACCUCUCCCAGCCCUCAAUCUACCACGCCCCCCUCCGGAAGCCCUCCGCCGCCGUCGACAGGCCCUCCUCUGUCGGCGUUCUGUCGCCCCCGCUGGAGCCGCAUGUUGCCAUGAAGUCAACGAAGAGGGCCACUAUCGUCGGCACCGCGCUACACUGCUACUACGCACAGAUCUCGCAGAUGCCGAGCUGGUCGAAGCUCGAAUUCUGCCGCUUCGCCGCCGGGUGGGCAGGACAGGACUGCCCUUGCCGAAGUGAACUCGAUCACCGCGACGAGACUGCUAUUGCCAACGGGCAUGGUGCAAUUGGGAGCUCCGAGAUUGAAAUUGAGGAGGUGGCUGAAGAAAUGGGGAAUUUGAAUUUGCAGAUUCAAAAAAGUGAUUUUGAUUUGGAUUCCAAUGGGGGUAAUGGUGAAGGGGCUCAUAAAGGUGAUAGGAUCCCUUUGCCGUGGGAGAUUCUACAACCGGUUCUGAGGAUAUUGGGGCACUGCUUGCUGGGUCCUUUGAACCCUCAAGAAGUGAAGGAUGCUGCAUCUUCUGCUGUCAGGUCUUUGUAUGCAAGGGCUUCUCAUGAUUUAGUGCCUCAAGCCAUACUUGCCACCAGGAGUCUCAUUCAGCUUGAUAACAGGACUAGGGAGGCUGCCAAGGCAGCUGCUGCCGUAGCUGCCGCUGCAGCAAAUGCUGCCACGACUGCCAGUGCGAACUCUUCCUCGAAUUCUAACACUCCCACUAAACCCAAGAAACCUGAAAUUCUACUGGUUUCCAAGUGAUUGAUUGACUUGGUGCCUUCCUGUGACAAUUUGAGUGUGAAGAUAACGGUUGCUGUAUAGUAUGUAUUGGUUUAGCCGAUCAAGAUCAAGAGGACUUUGUGUACCUUAAUACUGUAAGCGGAAUUCAGUUUCUAUAAUAGAAUCUUCAUAGUUAGUGGUGCUUUCUUUUUUCAUUAUAAUCAUUUAUUUUUUUUUUUUAUUUCUAAGUUCAGUAACUUAUAUAUACUAUUUUUUUUCUCUCAAGUGAUUAGUUAGCUGUUUUAACCUUUGUUUCUUCUUGAAAGUAUAGUUUGCUUCUCCAGUGCUGUUUGUUUGAUUGUAAUUCUAAUGCGCUUGUUUGGGUAAUAUCUAUGUGAUGUGCGGUUCUGUCUUUCAAUUGUUGUUGUACUCUAUUAAGAUUGAGGAAAUUGAAUUAUUCUUUAUGAUUCA